AUGGAUCCGUCACCUAUAAGAAGAGGUAGACCCACUCUCAAGAAGCCGUCCGGGGCCGAGAGGAAGAGGGGAAAGGAGCAGGCACGAUACGAAAGGGAGUUGAAGGACACGAAGAAGAAGGAGGAGCUUGAAGCGGAGAGGGAGGAGGCACGAUCAGCGGCGAAAGAAGCAAAGUUGGAAUCGGCACGCGAAGACCAGGACUUUCGUGUCAAGGGCGCGCUGCAGGCGCUGCGCGAGGACGCGAGCCAGGACGGCCACGGAUUUGGGACAUUCCACGGCUUCCUCGCUGCCGUUUUCUCGUCUAAAGACCAGACGGUCUCGUCGACUUGGUCCAGAUACUGCCGCAACCACGGCGCGGAGAUGAUGGAUCAGGUCCGCUCCCGCGCGCCAGAAGUGGCGAACGACUGGAUGAUGAGCAGAUUGCUGCCUGUAAUCCAGAAGGAGGGGCGCAGGAUCAAGGAGAUCAUGUCGCGCGGACGGGACUUGCCUCUCAUCCAGUUGGUCGAGGAAUUCUCCCUCGACAAGCUGGCGGAUGAGAUCCAAACGAAAGCACCCGUCAUUUGGUCGAUACUUUGCGAUGCAAGCGGCGUCUUUAAGCACUAUGCACGCAGCGCUCUUUACUUACUUUCCUUGGAGGUCCUCACUACAAUGUGUGCUAUGAUGGGUGUUUUGCGGUCGCAGCGGGCGAACGACUUCCAAACCACGUUCGGACUAUUCCUGCUUGCGUCGGGAUCAGCGAAGCGCGAGAUCGAAGUGCUGUCUCACGCGGGUCUCUGCACAUCGUACAGUACGAUCCUUGAGCACGUCAAGGGACUCUCCGACGAGGGCGCUGCACGAUUCCGGGAGCUGAUCAAGAAGCAGGCAUGCAUGAUUGCGUGGGACAACCUAAACAUCGCAUUCCGAAAGGACGCGCAGCGCCUCAGCUCCGCCGACCACUUCGAUAACGGAACGACGGCGACACUGGUCCCACUCUACGACCCUGUGACGGGAUCAAGCGUCCCCCACGGCGUGCUUCCCUUCAGCUUGAACGAACCCCGCACGACACGUAAGCUCGACAUACCAUACGCGCCGGAGGACCUUUUCCCAACUCGUCUAGAGGAGGGUCAGAUCUCGGAGUCCUGUCUAUGGCAGCUGAAGCGACUGGCGAUGGACCACAUACCAGGUCUUUCCCGUCUACGAGAGUCUGUUGGGGCUUGCCCUACUGUCGACCAGAUCCCUCUCCAUAAGACGGAGCAGUAUCCCCUCCCCGCCAUGGAGACGGAUGAGUCUAGCAUUGACGGUACACUGGAGGUGGUGCACGAGAUCUUCGAGAGCCUUGGGAUGACAAGCGAAGACUGGCGCAAACACGGCUUGCUCUUCGUCGAUGGAGAUCUCCUGACAAUGCAGCUCGUCGACAAGCUGCAGUCAGCGCGACGGAACAGCCUCGACGACGUCGACGCCCUCCGGUUCUUGAUCCAGCGCUUCGGUUUGUUUCACAGUCAGAUGGCUGCAGGUCGGAUGGUGGUCAACGAGCACUGGGGAAAGCCAAACUCCCCAUGGCCUGGGAGCUUGUGGUGGUCAAACACGCAGCUGAAGAGGAAGAAGAUGGCGGCGGGUUGGAAGGGACGGAAGGCAACGCCGUGGAAGCAGGCGCACGAGCUGAUCAACAUCACACUUCCCGCGCAUGUGAAGGACACCUUCCGUAUCCAUUGCGGGGCGGAGUCACUCGAGCACUGGGCCGCGCGCGUCUCCGCAUCUGGCUUUGACAAGGUCGCACGCAUUGUCCUCGCCAAAUCAUUCUCUACAUCUGUCGUCGAAAAUCUCCGUCGCCAGCCGGACGCUCUUCGUGAUCACGCCCACGAGAACACACUGCUGUUCAACCGUGAUGCAUUGUUCUACGUCGAGUACAACCACGCCAUCAAGGCAGGAGAUAUCGGGCGUGUCGUCAACAUCCUCCGAGUCUGGGCUAUCAUGAUGAGAGGCGUCGGAGCAAUGCCCAAGUACGCCGACGUGAUCUUUGAGACGUUGGGCCGCCUCCGCCGUUAUCCUGCCCGUCUUCGACAACUCUUCUUACACAACUGGCUUGUCAAUCUCAGCGGGAAGGAGAACGGUCACAAGCCCGUUGACAUGAUGCAAGAGCAUCAGAACCUAUGGGCUAAAAUCGUCUACAACGCGAAGGGCUCGAACAAAACCUGGCGUUGGCUAUCGAGGAUCACCGUCUGUAUAUUCAUCCUACGCGACACCAUGCGUAAAGUGCAAUCUGCCUACGGUAUCCCAAGCUACGGUGAACGUCACACUGUCCCCGAUAUAACCAACGAAGUCCAGUUGCUAGCCGACCUCCUCGAAGAAGAGAAGCUACAGACGUACGUGAAGGACCGGCCAGGCAACGAGCACGUCGCGCCUGUUCGUGACCUGAUGGGUGUCGGUGUGGCAUACUUCAGCAGUGCAAAUGCCUACCAGAACUUCCGAGUGGACAAGAGGGUGGCUGUCAAUGCUGGUCCUGCCGCGGAAGCGCCAGUCGUCGACGUGGCAGGCGAGGUUGUUGAUGAGUCCGACGAGGAAGUCGAAGGCACGCAGGAGCCGGUUGAAGAGGUAGCGGAUGAUGGAGCGGAUGAUGGACCCGAGCGUGAGGACUACUCGGAUGUACACGCUGUAGGUCCAUCAUUUGAGGACCUUGUAGGUGACGACGAGGAGCUCUUUGAAUACGCAGAUCAGUUCCUAGAUACAAGCAUGAUGAUGAUUGAGGACCUUGAGCUACUUACAUCAAUGGAAGGGCCCGCGUCGCCUGCAGAAUAG